AUGAGGUUCCUGGCGUCCUGUGGCGUCAAGGUGAACCGGCCCAACUCUCGCCGCUACACCGGCUCCAUUCCGUCUCUGCCCGGCAUCGACGUUCUCUUCCAGCGCACUGCCGACAUCACCACCAAGGUGGAGGAGGGCAGCGCCGAGAUGGGUGUCACCGGCUACGACCGGUUGAUGGAGUACCGCCACGACGACGACUCGGUGAUCCCGGUCAUGGAAGACCUCGGAUUCGGCGGCUGCGACUACGUGCUGGCCGUACCCGAUUCUUGGCUUGACGUAACGUCCAUAGACGACCUGGCAGAUCUCGCCCUCGAAUUCCACGAACGCGGUCGCCAGCUCCGCAUUGCCACCAAGUACCCGCGCCUCCUGCGCCGGUAUCUCUUCGAGCGCGGCAUAAACUACUUCACCCUCGUGCCGGCCAGCGGCACGCUGGAGGCUGCUCCCAUCGCCGGCUACGCGGACCUCAUCGCCGACCUGUCCGCCACCGGAACGACCCUGCGCGAGAACCGCCUGAAGAUCCUCGACGGCGGCACCAUUUUGACCUCUCAGGCUUGCCUCAUUGCCAACCCGUCCGCCUUGGCCGGCUGCCCGGCCGAUCUGGAGCUCGCCCGCUCCCUGACCGAAAUGCUCGAGGCGCACCUCCGCGCCGACCCGUACUACCGAAUCACCGCCAAUGUUCAGGGCCGUUCCGCCGAUGACGUCAGCGCGAUGAUCCUCGCCCGCCCCGAGAUCGCCGGCAUUCAGGGGCCCACCGUCGCCCGCGUGUUCAGCGUGGAAGAGGAGGACUGGUACGCCGUCUCGCUGUUGAUCCGCAAGAACCGCCUGUUGGACGCUGUCUCCCACCUGCGGGAGUGCGGUGGCGUGGAUAUUGCCGCUGCCCAGCUCUCUUACCUGUUCAAGGGAGAGUCCCAGGCCUUCGCCGGCUUUAUGGACCGCAUCGCGUCCUUGAACGGUCGUAGAGAUCAUCAUGCCUAA